GUAAUGUAUAAGAUUUCAUACUUACGAUGAUGUAUUUACUUAAAGUAAUAAAUCAAAUGAGGACAUUGAUCCGAAGGACACUGAAAUAAAAGUCCACAUUUUCGGAAAUGAUACCAAUGAAGUCCUUUCGGUUUUUAUUUACUGUGUUACUUCCCUUGUUUCCUCACGAAACUAAAGGUGAAGGUCAUUAUUUUUUUUUUCUGUCGGCCAAGGUGACGGAGAAAUAUCUAGCAAAAAUGGCUACAAAGUAUACAAUGGUCCUUGUUAGACAUGGUGAAAGUAACUACAACAAGGAGAACAGGUUUUGUGGAUGGUUCGAUGCAGAUCUUUCGGAACUUGGCAUAGAGGAAGCAAAGAACGCUGGAAAGAUGCUGAAGGAGAAGAAUUACACCUUUGAUAUAGCAUACACAAGUGUAUUGAAACGUGCAGUCAAAACCUUAUAUUUUAUGCAAGAUGAACUAGAUAUGCACUGGAUUCCAGUUAUAAGACAUUGGAGGUUGAAUGAACAUCACUAUGGUGGACUCCAGGGUCUGAAUAAAUCCGAGACCGCUGCAAAACACGGUGAAGCCCAAGUCGAGGUUUGGAGACGGUCUUAUGACACCCGUCCACCAGCACUGGAGGCUAGCGAUAAACGAUCUGCUACAAAUGAGGCAAAAUAUGGCAUGUAUGAUACAGCUGUAGUACCACUUUGUGAAUGUUUAAAAGAUACUGUAGCUAGAGUGCUUCCAUACUGGCAUGAUGUCAUUGUUCCAACUAUCAAGUCCGGACAGAAGGUGCUGAUUUCUGCCCAUUGCAACACUUUGAGAGGCCUGAUAAAAUAUCUAGACAAUUUAUCUGAUGCUGAAAUCACUGAACUUAAUGUACCUUCAGGUAUACCCCUUGUAUAUGAAUUAGAUGAAAAUCUUAAGCCAGUAAAACACUACUAUUUAGCUGAUGAGGCCGCAGUGAAGGCAGCAAUGGACAAAGUUGCCAACCAGGGAAAAGCCAAGUAAACAAAAAUCCAUUUCAACAAUCUAUGGAGUAUGAACCUCGACGUUUGAGCAUUCAUUUAAAGUAACUGUUCAGAUGUUAUAUGUACACAGUGAAUGCCAGCAAAGAAUUUACUUUACCUGUGUUGUAAUUUACACAUUUAGAAAAAUAGAUGAAGAUUUGGACAAGCUUUUCUUUCUAGAUUUUAUUUCUCUUACACAAAUUGAUUUUGGCUUUAAUAUUGCAAUAUUUUCUUUUAUUCUCAAGUAAUUUUAGUUUUAAAAAAUUCAAAACUUUUUUUAGAAUUUCUGCUUAAAAAGGUUGAUCUGGAUUUCUUGUGCCAUAUGCCUGUGUCGUCUGUCUGCCUAGAGGAAUAAAAUGGCAUCUGUAGCCUAAUUGUGCAUAACAGUUCCAAAAUAUGGUAGUUCACAUAUAUUUUCUAAAUUCUAUUGACAAAGUGUUUACACAGUUUUAUGUGUACAUACUUGACCACAUGAAAAGUCUCUGCACAUUCUCAGUAUAGCAUAGGUUAGAAUGAUAAUAAGAAUAUUUUCCAUAACAUUAUUGAAAUGGUCAAGUUGUGAAUUGUGAUGAUUUUUAAAAAUUUUAACAUACAGCAUAAUAGUAUUGAGAAAUCUCAAGAAUGCAAACAGGUUCUAGAUAAGAUUGCACAUGUAAUGUUUCCUUCUAGCAGAAAACUGCGAAAUGUGUUUUAUCAAAUAAAUGUUUGACAUAAAGAAGGCAGUGUUUCAGUUUCAACUUAAUGUUGUAAAUGGCCUGCAUACAGAGACUGUGGUGCUGUUUGCACAGGUUUCACUUUAUUUCAAAGAUCAUUUCAAGGCGUAACUGUUAUUUAUUUUAGGUAUUUUUUCUCUUGCUUGUAAGUGCUAUAUUCACAAACAUUUUUGUUUGUUGUUAUUCUUAAUGUUAGAAAGGUAUUAAAAUAAUAUCAUUAUA